UAAACCCCCGGGCUCGUCCUCCUCCAGGAAACUGUGGCAAGCGGAAAGCGGCUGUAAAUCUGCCGAGACGGCUCUUUAUUUGCUGGGCGUGCUUCUUUACUUUGCUCCGUAGCCUUUUAUUUCACUCAGGUCAAAGACCACUGCGGCUGGCCGGGAUAUAAUCUGCUGGAUAAUUAAUACAUAAGUUCAUUCCAUGGGCCGUGGAUCAUGACUGAGAGCGAGGGAGCUCCCAACUUACUGUUUUUUCCUUUUUUCCCUGACAGAAAAUGAUUUAAUGUGACUGAAAAUCCCAACCAUGGAGAUUAGAGAAAGGUGCGCUCUGUGCUGCCAGAGUUUUACGGCAUGUUUCAAAAAGCCGUCUCGGUCUGAAGUCGACAACGCGCCCAAGGAGAAAGACACCUUUCAUGUGUUUAAGAAUCCCGGUGCCAUUGAGAUCAAAAAGGUGUCCACACCGCAGAUCCCACCGGACAGGGUGAACUAUGUUUACACCGCCCUGUACGACUACUCGGCCCGCACCGAGGAGGACCUGAGCUUCAACGCCGGGGACACUCUGGAGGCUCUGGAUAAAAGCGCUGGGGAUUGGUGGUAUGCUAAGGCACUGAGUGGGAUUUCAGCCUCCAAGGAGGGUUACAUCCCGGCCAACUAUGUGGCACCUGUGAAGAGCAUAGCUGCAGAGCCAUGGUAUUUUCCCGACACCAAGAGGCUCGAUGCGGAGAAACUGUUGUCAGCUGGAGGGAACCAGCAUGGCGCCUUCCUCAUCAGGGACAGUGAGAGUCAGAGAGGGGAGCUCGCCCUCUCAGUGCUGGAUGGGCCGAGGGUGAAGCAUUACAAACUGAAAAAACUUGACAAUGGCCAAUAUUUUGUGUCAAGGACCAAAACCUUUGAAACGUUAAAGGCCUUAGUGGAGCAUUAUUCCAAACAAGAGGAUGGCCUCUGCGUGCGUCUGGGUGAACCAUGCAAGAAGAUGGAGGCCCCGCAGACUCACGGUCUGUCCUACAACACGGUGGACCAGUGGGAGAUCGAGCGCAGCUCCAUCCGGCUGCUGAGGAAGCUGGGAGCCGGUCAGUUCGGAGAAGUCUACGAGGGCCUGUGGAACGAAACCACUGCAGUGGCAGUGAAGACUCUCAAACCUGGUACCAUGGAUCCUCAGGACUUCCUCAGGGAGGCCCAGAUCAUGAAGAGACUGCGGCACCCCAAGCUGAUCCAGCUGUACGCCGUCUGCACCGUGGAGGAGCCCAUCUACAUCAUCACGGAGCUGAUGAAGCACGGCAGCCUGCUGGAUCACCUCCAGAAAGACAAAGGUGUCAGGCUGUGUCUCGCUGACCAGAUUGAAAUGGCCGCCCAGGUGGCAGCAGGCAUGGCUUUCCUGGAGCAGCAGAACUACAUCCACAGAGACCUGGCAGCCAGGAACGUCCUGGUGGGGGAGAACAACAUCUGCAAGGUGGCCGACUUCGGCCUCGCCAGAGUCUUCAUGAUGGAGAGUGAAAGUGUGUACGAAGCCAAAGAAGGCUCCAAGUUCCCCGUGAAGUGGACAGCUCCCGAGGCCAUCCACGACAACAAGUUCACCAUCAAAUCUGACGUCUGGUCCUUCGGCAUUUUGCUGUACGAGAUCAUGACCUUUGGCCAGAUGCCUUACCCAACCAUGUCGAAUUACCAGGUGGUGCAGAGGGUUCCCGCCGGCUACAGGAUGCAGUGCCCGCCCCACUGCCCCAAAGUCAUGUACGAGAUCAUGGUGGAGUGCUGGAAGGAGAAUGAGCAGGAAAGGCCCACGUUUGAGACCCUCCAGUGGAAGCUAGAGGACUUCUUUGACCUGGACGUGACCUCCUACGACGACGCCAGCCGUUAUUAGCGCAGCACGGUGCCCGUCGCUUGGCUUUUAGGGAAAACAAACACUCUUUAUGCUACCGUUAACGCUUUCUAAACGUAAUUGAAAUCAGUUGCCAAAGAUGAGUAAAAAGCUGAAUGAAGGACGUUUCUGUUUGAUGCAGGACAGUGUAGCAGAUUUUAACUUAAUUUGAAGUUUUACUCAAAUUGUGGUCACGUGAAGGAUCUCUUUAGAAUUACAUCUUCUAGGUGACGGGGGAAAACAAUCACAGCACAUAUAUCUGUUGGCUGUGGAGUCAUAGAGGGGCAAGCGUGACACGCAGUGGCUUUUAUAUGGUAGCAACAGUUGUUGUGACACUCCCCGUUGUGCCUUGUUUGCAAAUCGCACGCACUUUGAAAAGGGGGUGAUGUGCACAGUGACAGCUCCCGUCUCCAGCCGAACUCAUUAAGUGCACUUGACUUGGCAGGAGGCCCGCGGAGGACAGCUCGCUCUCAGAUGAGGCAGAAAGCCGCUGCCCAUCCAUCCUGCUGAACCGGUUCCGCGUGCACUCGGCAUAGCAGACAUUCUUUCCACUGGUUAGCUGCUGAGCUUUUAUCGGAAGUUACCUGCGAGGAUGAGCUUGAGUCAUGUUCACUUACAAGCUCAAUCUGUUUGGCUUAUCCACGUCUGAGAAACUCUGAUUGUGUGUGUGUGUGUGUGUGGGUGUGAGUGAGAGUGAGAGAGAGAGAGAGAGAGAGAGAGAGGAAGAAGAAAGUAAGUGGUAGGCGCUGCCCUCUCAGCACAUUCCUGAUUACCCUUUCCAACAAAAUUGGAGCCUAGAUGUUUCUACACUGUAACCCAACGCUGAAUCUACUGUUCAUUCUCUGUUUGCUGUCACAGUGGAGUGUAGUCGUUGUGCAAUAGGAAGUGGACUUACUCAGCCAAAAAAAAAAAAAAAAUGAGCCUUAACAAGCCGCAGUAGCCUUAUCGCGGAUCGAGUGAUGGAUGAAUGCGUUUUGUUCGAUCCCCUGCUCUCAGCGACUGAAUAAUAUUUUGACACUGUAUUUGAAUUUACUCCGACUCCCUCUGUUUUUAUCGGGUGUCUUACAGCAGCCGCGCUGGUCUGGUUGAAUUCCUGUUGAACAUGAGUCAAUAUGACAUGAAAGACGCAGCACGGCUCAUCUAAGACGCCUGAUGUAAAUGCAUCAACAGCACUCAGGUUGAACUUGAUGCUUUAUCAUGUUCUGAUUAUUUUGUGUCACAUUUUUUUUGUGUCAUAAACAAAACUUAUUAAUUGUACAUUGUAACCUUUUUUUUUUUUUUUAGUAUUUGGGAUCUGGAAGUGUUAUAUAAUCAUAUUUUAACAAAAAUGUAAUGUUAUCCUUUAUGCACAUAAAUGAUUAAAUGUAUUCUAUUUAGUAUGA